AUGUGCUCAGCUACUUUCCCCCCGCCAGAAGGGAUGUGUUCCUUCUGGAGAACCAAACUAGGCAGUAUCGAUGAUCAUCAGUCAACUGCAGAGCUUCCGCCUUUUGUAGACGUUGCCAUCAUUGGUGCCGGAUACUCUGCAGCAGCAAUUCUAACACAUAUCCUGGCAACAACUUCACCUGAGGACAGACCCUCAAUUCUUGUUCUCGAAGCCCGGCAACUGUGUUCAGGUGCGACUGGACGAAAUGGUGGCCACCUCAAGCCAGACUCAUAUAACGCGAUUUCUGCGUACGCGUCUGAGUAUGGGAUGGAAGCUGCUGCAGAAGUUGCGUCAUUCGAAGUAGCCAAUGUGAAAGCUGUUACUGAAUAUAUCCAACAAAACAAAGUUGAUUGCGACUUUGUGCUUACGAGGGCGGUUGACGUACAGCUUUCCACUGUUCAUCAAUGUCGAAUCAAGGAAGGCUACGACAAGCUUAUCGCCGCGGGACUUGAACCAACAAAGAACACGUUCAGCGUUGAGGGAAAGGAUGCCGAGAUGAUGUCUGGUGUCAAGGGCGCAAAGGGGUGCUUUACUUACACGGCAGGACACCUUUGGCCUUACAAACUUAUUCACCAUAUGUUUUCAGAAGCAAUCAGCCAAGGAAUCAACUUGCAAACUAAUACGCCAGUUCUUUCCGUCUCCGAGACUCAAGAUGCCAAUGGCCAAUGGACCUUGAGUACCAGCAGGGGCGAAGUCAGAGCGCGAAAGGUCGUGUUUGCAACGAAUGCCUACACAGGUUCUUUGCUUCCCGAAUACAAAAGCAAGAUCAUUCCAUAUCGCGCUGUAUGCAGUCGGAUCAAAACCCCGGGGCCACAUCCUUUCCUCAAUAAUACCUACGCUCUUCGAUUCUCGGACUGGAACUUUGACUAUUUGAUCCCUCGACUAGACGGAAGUAUCAUAGUUGGUGGAGCUCGAGAUGCGUAUAUCAGGUCUGUUGACUCAUGGUAUGGGAACGUCGACGAUACUCAAGUUAUCGACGAAGCCCGUUCAUACUUUGACGGUUACAUGCAGAGGCAUUUCCAUGGAUGGGAGGACAGCGGGGCAUAUGUUGACGACAUUUGGACUGGAAUCAUGGGGUACUCUUCCGACCGGCUCCCUCGAGUAGGCCCUAUACCUGGUCGACCAGGCAUGUUUAUCAUGGGAGGUUUCACUGGCCAUGGCAUGCCACAAAUCUACUUGUGCGGACAAGCGAUGGCGAAAUUUCUCCUUAACGACGCGUCAUUCAAAGAGACCAGUUUGCCUCGAUUAUUUGAAGAAACACAGGCUCGUUUAGAAGACCCGAGAGACAGAGUACUGGAGUUGUAUGCUUCGGUUCUCAAUCCUUCAAAAUUAUAA